AUGUGCUACGUGGGGAAGGCCACCAAGAUCUUCAUCGGCGUGGUGGCGGUGCUGGCGGUGGCGGGCUUGGUGCUUGGGCUGGGGGUCCGCCGCAACGGUCCCCGGAGGGCUGCACCAACAGAAUGCGACGGCGACGUUGAAGGCGGUAGCUGCGACGGGUUUCGUCCCGGCUACCCCGAGCCCAGGCCCGCCGCUCCCGGGAGCGGAUCCCCUCCGCCGCCGCCGUUGUUCAUAUCGCCGCCGGCGUCCCCCAGCGCACCUGCCGUACCCCCUACUCGAAGCCCGGCAGCGGCCACCGCCCCUACCGAGCACCGCUGGGACCCAGUUCGUAUUUAG